ACCACACACCACUGCUCCCUCCCCAAGCACACACGACUGCCCCGGCGGCUGGCGCCGCCGAUCCUUGCCGGUGCAGCAAUGUCUGAAUCCGGAAGCUGCGACGAUGACACCAGCAGAGUUCGUACUCCAUCUGCCGCCCGUGCAACCAGAUCCGCAGGCGACCAGUACAGGCAAGACAAAACCCCCAAUCUCACCUCUCGUUGCUCAGUCAAGCAUGCGUUCGAGGUUAUUCAACGGUUCUCAGACUUCAAGAGGUGGUUAGUUAGUGAGAUAGGAUGGGCUGGCAUGUUAGAUGUACCAUUUCUGCAGAAGCUUAAUCUCAAAUUCAGCGCCUGGAUAAUGAGCCGUGUAGAUGUACACAACAGAUCCAUUGUAAUCACAGACAAGAAGAUACUUAAGUUCUGGCCCCAGGAUGUGUCCAAGGUUUUUGGUAUCCCACAUGGGCCCCGAAAUGUUAUUGGCAGGGAUGCUACCAUCAGGCCCGACGCCAUUGAGUUCAUCAAGACCACGCUAGGCAUGAACCAGGCAGGAGCCCAUAGUCUUAAAGCUGCAGAAAAUUUCCUUAUCAGGGAGAUCACAGAGGACUCUAGCAAGAUUGAGAAAGAUUGCUUUCAGAUUGCAUUUGUUAUCUUUGUCAUGGGCCACAUAUUGGCACCGUCAAGUAAAUACGAUUAUGCCACCAUUGAUUUCUGGGGAGCCCUUGCUAACACUGAGAACAUAGCCCAGUUCAACUGGGGCGAGUACAUCAUCCAGUCCCUACUUGACGCUGUGGACAAGUACAAGAGAGAUGUUAGGAACCAGGCACAAACCAUCAACCUGUUCGGGUGUCACCUUUGGCUGCAGGUAUUCCUUCUCGACAAUCUGGACCUCGGAAUUUUCAACAAGAGACACGACGACCUACCACGGAUUAAGGUAUUCGACCAAGACUGGCUGAGGAGAACUAUCACCAUGGCCAGCGACUUAGGGAAAGGACCAAAUUCUUACACUUCAGCGCCGCUAAGGUCGGCGGAGUCAGUCUGCUACACCCGCGCUUCGGUUCGCACCACAGAAGUUGCACCUGACAGAAUAGAGACCGCAUUCGGAACAUCUACCCUGGAUAAUGUUCCCCUCGCCGUUCCAGAGCCUCAACCCCACGAGUCACUCCGCGCUGUCACGCCGAGGCCAUUAUAUGUUGCUGCAGACAGUACACCCAUCCAUCCGACACAGUCGCUUAACAUUGGACCCAUUGACUUUUCGAACUACUUGAAGCGACAGUACCCGAAAUUGCUCAAUGAACUCUCCUCGCUGUUUCGUAACUCAACCAUCUGA